AUGGCGCUGACAUCAUGGAAAGCAUUCAACUUCAUCGACGUGUCGCCGGUGAAGCUACCAGAGGACAGCUCCUCAAUCUUCGAUAAUGACCUUUCGAGUAUCUGCACUGGCUCCGCGAACCUCUUCGUCGGUACUACCGAUGGCUUCGUCCACAUCGUCUCCUCGGCCUUCCGCAUCGUGCGAUCGUUCAAGGCUCACGAUACCGGCUCCAUUACACACAUGCGACAGAUAAACGAUACCGCUCUACUAGUCACUCUCGCAGAGGAUCUAUCCAACGAGCCGGUUCUGAAAGUCUGGGCUCUAGACACGGAGAAGAAAGAUGGAGGCCCGCGGUGUCUGUCAACGGUCUCCGUUCAAAAUGCCAGGAGACAGUUCCCGAUAUCGGCUUUCGCAGCCGUCGAUGACCUCUCACAGGUAGCAGUGGGUUUCGCGAACGGAUCCGUGACGAUCAUCCGAGGCGACCUAAUCCACGACCGAGGCGCGCGACAACGGAUCGUAUUCGAAUCCGAGGAACCGAUUACCGGCCUCGAAACGCAAACAGGCGCCGUUACAACCCUCUACAUUUCAACAACGAGCCGUAUCUUGACAUUGGUCAUCGCCGGGCGAGGGCAGGGCCAGCCUGCGCGCGUUUUGGAAGAUACGGGCUGCGGCUUAGGCUGCAUGACUCUGGAUAGAGAGGGCGGGGAUAUUCUCAUUGCUCGGGAAGAGGCGAUCUUUACAUACGGGCCGCGGGGUCGUGGUGCGAGCUAUGCGUUCGAGGGCCCGAAGACGUCUAUUGAUGCCUUCCGUGACUAUGUGGCUCUCGUCUGUCCGCCCAAGGCUGGAACUGGCAAGUCGGAUCCGCUAAGGAAAUACACUGCUAGUCCGGCUGAGGAUAUUUUUGGCACGACCACGUUCACUCUUCUCGAUACUGAUCUCAAGUUCAUCGCGCAUAGCGAAGCACUCGUGUCACCUAUGAAACGUAUUUUCAUGGAGUGGGGUGACUUGUUUCUUCUUACGACAGAGGGCAAGAUCUUCCGUUAUCGGGAAAAGACACUUCAGCAAAAGCUCGAAAUCUUAUACGAGCGCAAUCUUUACAUCCUUGCUAUUAAUCUUGCGCAAAAGAUUGGGAUUGAUCCGUUACAACAGAAUGCCAUCUACCGCAAGUAUGGUGACUUUUUGUACCAGAGAGGCGACUAUGAUACCGCUAUGCAGCAGUAUCUCCGGGCCAUUGAUAAUACCGAACCUUCUCAGGUCAUUCGCAAGUACCUGGACACCCAACGUAUUCACAACUUGAUUGAGUACCUUGAAGAGCUACAUGACCAUGGCCGUGCCACGGUUGAUCAUACAACACUUCUUUUGAACUGCUACGCAAAGCUCAAGGAUACAAGCAAGCUGGACUCGUUUAUCAAAGCUCCUGGUGAGCUGAAAUUUGACCUUGAAACUGCCAUUGCAAUGUGCCGUCAAGGCGGAUACUAUGAGCAAGCAGCCUACCUUGCAACAAAGCAUGGUGAGAAUGACAUGGUCGUUGAUAUCCUAAUCGAAGACUCCAAGAAGUACGCCGAGGCAGUGGAAUACAUUUGGCGGUUGGAUCCCGAAGUGGCCUAUCACAAUUUGAUGAAGUACGCUCGAGUGUUGCUGACACAUUGCCCUGAGCGGACAGCAGAGCUGUUCAAGGUUUACUAUUCUGGCCAGUACCGGCCACGCACGGAGGUAGAACAGCCAUCAGAGCCCCAAGAACAGCCUACUAGCACAGUGCAAAGUCUUGCUGCGCUUCUUCCUUUGCGGUAUAUGCAUGUUGGUUCCCGCACACAGCCUCCGGCUGAAACCCCUGAGACGGCGACAGAUGAGGACAAGGUUGAAGAGACUCUGCCAGAUUAUGACAUUCCCAAGCCGCGAACAGCCUUCUCUGCAUUUGUGGAUCACCCCGAAGAGUUCAUCGAUUUCCUCGAGACUUUGGUGCAGCAGCCGGACUUGAAGCAGGACGCCAAAAUCCCGAUCUCCACAUCCAACGUGCUUCUCCUCUCGGACCUGUCCAAUUUCAGGGAAGGAUCCACUCUCGUCCGCGAGCAAGAAGGUCUCCGCCUGGACAUUUUCCGUUCCUUCACAUCAGCAAAGGAUACACAGGGUGCCAUCAAAGCUCUACGUCGGUACGGUCCCGACGAGCCUCAACUCUACGUAGACGCAUUGACAUACUUCGCCUCGAGCCCGAAAAUCCUCGAAGAAGCAGGCGACGAGCUAGACGCAGUCCUGCAGCGCAUCAACCAAGACGGCCUCCUUUCUCCAUUGCAGGUGAUCCAAGCGCUCAGCAACAACGCGGUAGUAACAAUGGGCCGCGUGAAGAAGUAUCUUAGUGACAACAUCGACCGCGAACGCAAAGAAAUCACCACCAACCGCCGCCUCAUCACAAGCUACAAAUCCGAAACCGAAACCAAACAACAAGAACUAGAUCACCUAACCACCCAACCAGUAGUCUUCCAAUCCCGCCGCUGCCAAUCCUGCGGCGGAACCCUCGAUCUCCCGAACAGUCCACUUUCUCUGCAAACAUUCCUUCCAUGA